AUGGCGUCUUUGGUCGACCUGCCAGAUUCUGUCCUGCUGGAGGUUUUCUCUUACCUCCCCGUCCGGGACCGGAUCCGCAUCUCGAGGGUCUGUCGCCACUGGAAGAGGCUGGUGGAUGACCAGUGGCUGUGGCGACACGUCGACCUGACGCUCUAUACGAUGCGGCCUAAAGUCAUGUGGCACCUCCUUCGUCGGUACAUGGCGUCGCGGCUCCAUUCCCUGCGCUUGGGCGGCUACCUGUUCUCGGGCUCCCAGGCCCCUCAGCUGUCCCCUGCCCUGAUGAGGGCCCUGGGUCAGAAGUGCCCCAACCUGAAGCGCCUCUGCCUGCACGUGGCCGACCUGACCGUGGUGCCCAUCACCAGCCUGCCCUGCACGCUGAGGACCCUGGAGCUGCACAGUUGUGAGAUCUCCAUGGUCUGGCUCCUCAAGGAGCAGGACCCCACGGUGCUGCCCUUGCUUGAGUGCAUCGUGCUGGACCGCGUCCCCGCCUUCCGUGAUGAGCACCUGCAGGGCCUGACGCGCUUCCGUGCCCUGCGCUCACUGGUGCUUGGGGGCACCUACCGUGUGACCGAGACCGGGCUGGAUGCAGGCCUGCAGGAGAUGAACUACUUGCAGAGACUGGAGGUGCUGGGCUGUACCCUGUCGGCCGACAGCACCCUCCUGGCCAUCAGUCGCCACCUGCGAGAUGUGCGCAAGAUCCGGCUGACCGUGAGGGGCCUCUCUGCCCCUGGCCUGUCAGUCCUGGAGGGAAUGCCGACCCUGGAGAGUCUGUGCCUGCUGGGCCCGCUCGUCACCCCAGAAAUGCCCUCCCCAGCUGAAAUCCUCUCCUCCUGCCUCACCAUGCCCAAGCUCAGGGUCCUUGAGUUGCAGGGGCUGGGCUGGGAGGGUCAGGAGGCCGAGAGGAUCCUGUGUAAGGGGCUGCCCCACUGCAUGGUCAUUGUCAGGGCCUGCCCCAAAGAGUCCAUGGACUGGUGGAUGUGA